GCGUGGUACCCCAUCAGUUGUAUUGUGGCUUAAAAUCACUCACUGGAUAUUUAGUCCAAUUACUCUUUAUUACUGGCCCUAAGGAGCGAGCAGCGAGCCAAAGACAACAAGUUGUGUUUCUACAGUUACAGUAGCUCUAGUACUCGCUCCUAAUCUCUUGUUAUCAAUCAAUGGCGGACGGUUUAGAAGGACUGGACGAAGCAGCCCUCAAUGCUAAAUUGAAGGCAGCAGAGUCUUAUGAGGACAGGGCCGCCAUUAGGAAGGCACUGAGGGACUUGAAGAAGAGUAAAGGUAUUGAAGUUGGAGGAGGGAGGAACAGAGGAACCUCACAAUAUAACAGGUUUGCUGGUCGCACGUCCACUGAUGCCAAAGCUACAGUAAAGCAAUCCUUUGUUCCUUCAACUUCAUCAAAGACUCCAAACCCACCAUCAACUGGCUCCUCCUCUCCCAGUCAGAGCGUAUCUAGCCCCACCCCUCCUCCUACUAGUGCCACACCUCCUGCCGAGAGAGAGAGGGAGAGAGAAGAGAGGGAGAAAAGGGAGAGAGAAGAGAGGGAGAAAAGGGAGAGAGAGGAGAAAGAAACGUAG